AUGAUAACCAUUUCACCACUAUUGUCAAAAAAUAAGAAUGAAUGCAAUUCGGAGGCUAAUAUCGCUAAACAGUGUAAUGGUGUUGUGGAUAACGUGAUAAAAGCUAUUAUCACUGUAGUUGCCGAAUGGAAGAAUUUAAGGAAAAAUGAUAUUGUUCUUCCUCUAGGCAAAGAUUCUUUUGCCACUCGAUUUCUUGUCGUUGCUUUCGAUUAUUUAUUAUCUUAUGGAUUCACUAAAGGUAAUCGAUUGUAUUGGUAUUUAAUCAAAGAGUUUUUAUCGAAAGAAGAAGUUGAUUAUUUCAAACGAGAAUGGCAAUGUAGAAAUAACCGCGAUUUAUCUAUCGCUUGGUUGGAAGAUAGUUUGAAUAGAAAUUUGAUUGCUUCCUAUUUUGAGACGUUUUUGCUGAAUUGGGAUGAAGUGAUUAAACGUUACAAUAUUCAUGCAGUAAUGAGAAAGCGAUCAUUAGUUGAACGUAUCGCAAAACAGUGCCAAGAUUUAUCCAUUGUUCAGUUUCAUUUUCCUAUGCCAACUCGCAUGGAUGCACCACUUGCUCAGUGGAAUAACUCAGUGCAUUUAAAUCAAAGUAAUGGUAUUGCAUCAACCUGUUUGUCAUUAGCGGCAAAUAAUUCGAGGUCGUCUCAACACUAUAUGCAUCCGGUUAAUGAUAUGCAAAAAGAUGAGAAAAAUCAUCGUGAAACAUCAGUUGCAGAUAUUGAAAUUCCGCCAGAUUUUAUUGAAAAGCAACCACCGAUUGAGGAUGAAUUAUCUUUUUUAUCUACCAGAGAUAUGGAACAUUUAUUCAGUGAAAUGCUUGUGCGGGAUGAUGUUUUACGUCACGUUGAUAGUAAAAAUCGUUUAUCCAGUGGAAAUUUGCAAGAACCAUCUUUCUCUGGACAAUCGUCACAAACACUUGUCACUAAUAAUCCUGAGUCUUUGUCUGCGACAAAUGUUGAAAAUAAUACGAAAUUUGUGCAGAAUCCAUAUGAUGUGGCAUUAAAACAGAGUAUUUCUAAAGCAAAGUUGCUUGCUGAACAAGAACGCCUUGGAUGGAAGGAAUCUGUUCAGUCUUCUAUUUCCGAAAGUAUUGAAACAGUGCCAUUUGGAGAAGUGCAACUCGAUGCCGGCGAAAUAAUAGGACUUUCUUUGAAUGUUUUUAAACAAGAAGCCGAAAGAUUUCUGAAGUUUUAUCAGGUUUUUACUGCUUUUGGAACUGGUCAGCCUGAACGAUGUUUUUUUGUAUUGACGAAUCGUGCCGUUUAUCUUUUAUCUUUAGUUCUUCAUGCGAAUUCCCGUAAAUCUUAUAUUAUUGAUGCGUAUUUGCCAUUGAAAGAAUUAAGUCACGUCGUGGUCGCUCCGGAUUACGAAGUGAUUUAUUUCAAUGCAAUAAAGAAUUCCUCUGUUUGCUCAAGUCAUGCUGUUUCAACAAGCUUUGAAGUUUGUACAGCUUGUUCUCAACUUGGUCAUUGUAUUAUUGAUGCAAUCAAGCACGCUUAUGAGGAUUCAUACUUUUAUUCAUUAGAUGAGCCACAAACUCGAACUCUGACCGUUUUAACGAAAUCUACACCAUAUGAGCUGAUAUUACGAAGAUUUAUAUCUAAGGAAAUUUCCGAUGAAAGCGCCGAAAUAAAUUCAUACUAUCUUUGUCAGUGGCAACAAACGAAUUUAGAUGGAACUAACAAAUUCACUGUUCAACAUAGUGGUUAUCUAUAUUAUAGAAUCACUACUAAUAUUUCUUGGUUGCGACGCUCUGCUGAAUUCAACCAAAGCUUCUUUCAUUUACAAAAUAAGAAACUUUAUCAGUUCGCAGAUUCAUCAUGUAAAUUCGGUGAACGAGUUAUUCCUAUCUUAGAUUCAGUAAAACGAAUAACAACAAUUGAUGGUGAAGAAGAAGCGCCAUAUAUGUUUGAAAUGGAGUUGCAGAAUAAAGAAGUGAUAAGUUUUAUUUGUCAAAGUAGCAGUGAUCUCAACAAAUGGGUCUCACUUAUUAAUUUGGUUCUUUCUUCUGAUGAUAUUGUCGAUCAUCCAGUAGCUUGUGUAGUUUUAAUCACUCAGCAAUGUUUAUUAAUUGCGCAAGAAGGACUGAAAUGUGUAGUUGAUGGUUUUAUGCGUCUUCUAGAACGUAUAGAUAUAUCAGUUAUCAAAUCAGUUACUGGUGUAUAUACCGCUGAACGAUAUGCUUGUAUCAUAAAUGAUGGUUCCAAAUUGAAUUGGUUAAUUAUGAGAUCACCUUGUCAAAUCGAUAGAAUAUUAGCUGCUUUAAGGCUUCUAGGAGUUUCGAAAAUAAAUUUAGAGGAAGAUGGCUCAUCACGAUUUUCGUCGAAACUUAAUUCUUUAUCAAAGUCGAUUGAUUUCUUUUAUUUUAAUGAUCAACAUGCCGAUGAUGCAUUUGAAGUUAUUUAUAAUACGUAA